GAUACCAAAAUAUGCAAUAAUUCACACCUGUAGGUUCUGCUUGUCUUAAUCUUUGCAUAAAACACUUGUUGGUUACAAGUUUUGACGCAAACUGCGCACGUUUUAGAGUUUUCUUGGUACUUAUUGGGCUGAUCAUCCAUCUUAUUGAUCACAGUGAGACCCUAGCAAUCUCCUCAGCUCUUGCAUCAUUUGCUCCUGCUAUAAAGAAGUGGGCUAAAUGCGCAUGCGCCAUUGGCUUUGUGCGUCGUCGCCCCCUCUCCAUUGGCUAACCGCGCCCCCUCUGCGCUCAGCCUUUACAGCCGACCACUCCGUCUGUGAGCACUCGACCCACGCUGCGUGGAGCCGCUCGGAAAAAAAGAUGGAGAAAAAGAGCGAGAUCAACGGGCACGCCAUGCCCAGCUCCGCGUCCACCGCCCGGAUGCUGGAGAACAGCGAGGAGCCCGUUGAGGAGGACCAGCAGCAGCAGGAGGAGAAGAAGAAGCGGGGCUUCAAGGAGAGGUUGACCCGGUUCCUGAGCAGGAACCUGCUGGUGAUCCUCACCGUCUCCGGCGUCCUGGUGGGCGUCGGGCUCGGCAUGCUGGUCCGCGGCAUGAACCUGAGCAAAGCGCAGAUGAGCCACUUCGCCUUCCCCGGAGAGAUGCUGCUGCGGAUGCUGAAGAUGAUCAUCCUGCCGCUGGUGGUCUGCAGCCUGGUGUCCGGCGCCGCUAGCCUGGACACCCGCUCCCUGGGCAAGCUGGGCGGCAUCGCAGUCGCCUACUUCCUAGUGACCACGCUGAUCGCCUCCGGGAUCGGGGUGGCGCUGGCCUUCAUCAUCAAACCGGGGGUGGGCGCCGGAGCCCUGAACACCAACAGCCUGGGUCUGGAGAGCGUCAGCAGCAACAAGGAGACCACCGACUCCUUCCUGGAUCUGGCCAGGAAUUUGUUUCCAUCGAACCUGGUGGCGGCUGCUUUCCGUUCUUAUGCCACGGACUACAAAAUGGUCGCUGUGGGGAACGACACCAAUGGAACAACCCUGUAUCAAAAGGUGCCGAUUGGAACUGAAGCCGAUGGUAUGAACAUCCUUGGUCUGGUGCUGUUUGCUAUGGUGUUUGGCGUUGCCCUUCGGAUACUUGGAGAGGAAGGAGAGGAGCUCAUUCGCUUCUUCAACGCCUUCAACGAAGCCACCAUGGUGCUGGUGUCCUGGAUCAUGUGGUAUAUUCCCUUUGGCAUCAUGUUUCUUGUGGGGAGUAAGAUCGUAGAAAUGGAAGAUGUGGUUCUUCUGGUCACUAGCUUGGGGAAAUACAUUUUCGCUUCAAUCCUGGGCCACAUCAUCCAUGGAGGCAUUGUUCUUCCCCUCAUCUACUUUGCCUUCACCCGAAAGAACCCCUUCAGCUUCCUUUCUGGCCUCAUCACACCCUUCACCACCGCCUUCGCCACCUGCUCCAGUUCGGCAACUCUUCCCUCAAUGAUAAAGUGUGUGGAAGAAAACAACGGUGUGGACAAGCGCAUUAGCCGCUUCAUCCUACCCAUUGGAGCAACAGUGAACAUGGAUGGAGCAGCCAUUUUCCAGUGCAUUGCUGCCGUCUUCAUCGCACAGCUCAACAAUACUGAACUGAACGCUGGACAGAUCUUCACCAUCUUGGUAACGGCCACAGCCUCCAGCGUUGGCGCCGCAGGCAUUCCGGCUGGUGGCAUCAUCACCAUCGCCAUCAUCCUGGAGGCCAUCGGCCUGCCGACCAACGAUCUGUCCCUCAUGCUGGCCGUCGACUGGAUUGUGGAUCGUACCACCACUGUGGUGAACGUGGAGGGUGACGCUCUGGGUGCAGGAAUCCUCCACCACAUCAACCAGCUGGAAAUGAAAAAGCAGCAACAGGAAGUAGCGGAGGAACUGGAGGAAGUCAAGGUUGAAUCUGUGGCAAACGUUCAGGCGGAGGAGGAGACAUCGCCGCUUGUCAUGCGCCAAACCAAAAUCCCUGAGGGAAUGCCCGAAGCCAUCGAGUCUGUCCUGUGAACCCAGACAGACUUCUCUCUGACCAUCUGACCUGAGAUGUGUGAUGUUGCUGCUGAUCGGGCAUCAGUGCGACCCGAUGUCCUUUAAAAAAAAAACAACAAACAAAAACAAACAAAAAAAAAAACCAAGAAGGAAAGUUUGCAACUUUGAAGGUAAAACGAAAAAGUCAUCAAGAGUCUGUCAGCAGUGCAUCCAGGAUUCUAAUUCAGGAUAGUACAUAAUGCAAUCCAGAAAUAUUUUUCUAAUUAAAUACUCGGCAUAAGCGGUUAGUGGUUUCAUUUUUGUUUUAGUUUUUUGCUCGUAUUAACUCUAAAAUAGGCCAGAAACAUUCCGACAAAUGCCCAAGGUUGGUUUGCUUCAUUUACAGUAGCUCUCAAAAUUUACACAAAACUGUAUUAAAAUGCUUAGUUUGUUCAUUUUAAACUCCUUAAUAUAUCAUUUAAAAGUUAUUUCCACAUGAAGUGUAAAGUAAAUGUGCACGCCCUGAAACUUUAGUGAAACUAAAAUAAAGUCCUGCUAGUUUUUUUGACAUUAGCACAUUUUCAUCCUUUAGCUAAAGCCACAGAAUGCAGAGAGGUUACAAAGCAUCAAAACGAUUUUAUUGCACAAAGGUAUCAGUCAGGAGAAGAGUGUAAAAACAUCCACAGUGUUAAAUAUUUGUACACCAUGUCUGUAACUGGCAGAAGAUGUUUUAGUUUGAUGAAACAACCAGGAACAUUUGGAAAGCAGGUAUACAAUAUACUUAACUUUUUUGUGCUAUACGGUUAGCACAAAAAAUCGAUUAGCCUGAGCCAAACAUGGUGGUGGCAGCAUUAUGGCUUGGGGUUACUUUUCUUUCUUUGUAAUUGAGUUACAUCUUAGAUUAAUCAGCAAAAAUGUGAAUCAAAAUUGAAGGAUCGGUUUAGGUGUUCAAACAAAUACAACUGGAUUAUUGUAUCUUUUAUUAUUUUUUUAACAGAUUUGUUUGUUUUACAGCCAGUUGUAGCGUAUAUGUGCCAUAAACUUUGAAUUUUAACAUGGAUGGGGACGUUUUUAAGAGUCACUGCAGAGUAAAGACAGAAACAGCCUUUAAUGUUCUGUUUUCUGAACGUUAUGGAUUCUUUUAUUUGUAUCUACCAUCAAAAAGAAGAAUGCAGGACCAUCAUUGACCUUAAAGGAAUAGCAAUCAAAUUAUCAACAUUGUUUUGAGUAAAUUAUACAUUCCAUCGCUUGAUCAUGUGUGAUGGAAACAGUGAUGAUAGCUGCUAUUUCAAGUGAAAAUAACAGAUUUUUUUGGUUUCGUAAUUAGAUGGAGUUGAAUUUGCAGCUGAAUUUGGCUCCAAAUCGUGAAAAGUAUAUCUCCAGAUAUCUGAAACCAUGGGAAAAAAGUGAUUUGAUGCUUGCUCCCUAUUUUCAGGCUGAUUUCCCAAUUUUGUAGGAGGUUUAAAAAAAACACAAACACCUCAAAUACCUUAAAGCUCAGCUAGCUCACCAAGCUUGCUAGCUCAGCUAGCCUGGUAUCGCAGUAAAUGAAUGUUAGCUGCUUUUUAGUAACUUAUCAGCCUAAUUUUCUUUUCAGACUUGAUCUUUAAAUUUAUUUGUUAUAAUGUAUUUUAUCUGUAUUGCUAAAAACUUUUGGAAAGUAUGUUGGCGACAAAUUUGUAAAGUAUGCUAGCUAACUAACCCGCUAAAGCAGUGCUGACAUUCAGCUAACGGUUAAUUUAGGAUAGCAUUCAUCUUUUAGCUAAGUUUUAGUCAAACUGCCUUAGUUAGCAGACUUUAUGUUAAAAUAAGUUGUAAGCAUAACUAAAAAUGUGAUUUUUAUAUAUUCGGACAUUAACUGACAUCUAAGGGUCAUAAUGUAGCAGCUAAAUCAAAUGGGUUUUACUGUAAUUGUUCACUUUUUGCUAAAAACCUGACACUUGUGAAGACACUAAAACUACCAAAAUGGCCCCUGUCAUGGCCACCAUGUUGUAUUUAAAUCUGGGUGCCAUUUGUUAUGUAACUUCCUGGUUACACAGAAAACUAGCCAGAGCACUGUAAAAAUGAAAACAUUAAAAAUACAGAAUGGAAAGGAAUGGAUGUAAAUUUUGACAAUAAUUACAUGUUUGCUGACUGUGUGGAAACACUAAUGUACAGUUCAGUUAUUCAAAAGCAGUUAUAAGUGAAAACAUGUUUAUUUGGCAGCCAUUUUUAAAUUCAAUAUGGCAGCUAUAAUGGUAUCAAGGGCCAGUAGUGCCAAAAUUCUGCACAUAAGUUAAAUACAUAAUAAUUUCUUCUAAAGAUAUACAUUAAGUGAUCUAAUGAUUUAAAUGUUUCAUUAAGUGAAAACAAUUAAAUGCUGAACACGUUCAUUAAAUAAAUUUUUUUAAUGAAUGUAUAAAUAUUACAGCAUUUAUUCUUUUUUUUCUAGUCAUUUUCAGUAAAAAUUUCCACAAUUGAGUACACAAAUAAGUUGUGAAAAAUACUUGUUUAUGUAAUUUAAAUAAGUCUGGAAAUGCAUACAUGAAGAAAUAAAUGCUAAUUUUAAAUGUUUCAAUCAUGUACUUCAAUAAAUACUGAAAUAAUUGUUUUUACAUUAUAAUUUCAAAUUUUAAUUUUCUACAUUUAAUUAUUUGUUAUAAUAAAUUGAAACAUUGAAGUAAUUAUAUAUUGCUUAUUUAAUAUAUUGUAGUUUAAUUUAAAUUCUUGUAAGUGUAAAAGUUAUUUGGCAAAUUUGUGGUACUUUUGGUAAAAGACGAGAAAAUUAUGGGGAUCAAAAUAGAUGUGAAAUUCAGAUUUUUGCUUAAAGUGAGCAAUGUUGACCUUUACAACUCUACUACAUAACAAUAAAAAUGCAGAAUUUCUACUAAUUAUCAAAAACCUCUGUGAAAUUUGUAGCACUGUUUAUGCUUUCCAACAAAUACUGACAGGAUCUCAUCUGACAUCAAGCAAAUUAUCGGUGCACCUUGUUUUGUUUGGCGACACAAAAGCGCUCCAGUCUUUCGCUCAGAUAAAAAAAAUGGUGGCUGUUUUGAAAAUAUGUUACACUUAAAUAAAAGGUUCUCCCUCUGUUUACACUCUAACACUGGACCAAAAUGCCGUAAUUCACAUAAUUAUUAUUAUUUUUUUGUCUAUUUUAUCUUUUUGUGCUGUUAAACUACACUGGACAUUAUAGGAUGCUAUUGAUAAUAUUUGUCUGGUUUUAAAACCAAACAUGGUGACAAAAAUAUGGCAAAAAUAUGUCACUUUUACCAACUUUAGUUAAUAUUGGUUGUACGACGGAGUAUCAGGGGCACGCUAAAAAAAGUAAAAUUGUGAGAAUAGAGUCAUAAUAUUAGAAGAAUAAAGUCGAAAUAAUAUGAGAAUAAAGUUGUAGUAUCAUGAGAAUAAUUAUAAUAUUACGACUUUAUUCUCGUAUUAUUUUGACUUUAUUCUCAGAUUAUUGCAACUUUACUCUCAAAUUAAUUCUAGUUUCUCGUAAUCCUACAACUUUCUUGUAUUAUUUUGACUUCAUUCUUGUACAACUUAAUAUGACUUUAUUUUUCUUAAAUGACUACUCGUACUAUUUCGAGUUUAAUCUUGUACUUUAUUCUCCUAAUCUGACUAUUUUUGUUUUACUUCGACGUUAUUCUAGUACUCUCGUAAUAUGACUAUACCCGUAAAAUUAAAACUUUAUUCUCAUAUUAUUGCAACUUUAUCUAUAAUUCGCGUCUAUUCUUGUACUACUAUGGCUUUAUUCUCGUAAUACAACUUUCUUGUAUUAUUUUUGACUUCAUUCUCGUGCGACUUUAUUCUCGUAAUAUUAUACGUUUCUUCUCAUAACUUUAUUUUUCUUAUCCUCGCCCGGAUUCCUUGUCGUAUGGAAAAGUUAGCUUGUCUGUUUUCUUGCAUAUUUUUAUUAUUCUGCCUGGUUGAUCCUUCUUUAAAUGAAAAUCAGUCCCUGUUGUUGACAUUGUUGCUCCUUUUUUAAAAAGUUUUAAAGUUUGUGAGCCCCACGUUUCUGCACUGUGUGCUCUUUUCAUUUCUGGAUUAUUUUGGAGGGAAUAAUCUGGUGCUGUUGUUGUUUGUGCCAAAUCUACAAUCUCUCUUUGAAAACUGCAACUUGACCAAUAAACCCCUGCCUCCCUCUAGUGGCUGUAAUGUGAAAAUGCUAUAAAAAAUACUGUGGUGCAAAGCAACAUUUCCUAUUUAUUCAUGUUAUUUAACAUUAAGAAGCGGAAGGUGAUUCUGAUCCAGUGCUUGCUCAUGUGAUAUUGUGUAUUCUGUGAAAACCACUGCAGUGAGUUUUUUUUUUUUUGUGGACUCUUGGGAAUGUGGACAUUUAGUAAAGAUGUCACAAAUGUCUGCUUUAAUUAAAAAAAUGAAGAAAUGUUUCAGUCAUUAGACAUAUCAGAUUAAUUAACCUCACACUGAGUUGUACGACUACGUGGUACAUGGAAUUUAUAUCCAUAUAUAUAUAUAUUUGAUAAUUUAUUGUGAUUUGUUUAACUUUUAUGAAUCAUUUUUACUUGUUUUUUUUAACACUAUACACUUUCCCCCUCAGUUUUCAAUGUUUCUACCGUAAGAACACACUUUAUAGCCUCAAUCCUGUGGAGACUUUUCCUCUCAAACAGAAUGUAAGUAAUUUUUGCUCUUAUUUUUAGUGCUUAAAAUGACUGCUAUGCUACCUGUGACAUGUCUGUGUCUAACAUUGUACAGCUGUUUGCUGUUAUUCCUGCUGCCUGUCUUCAUUAAAGAUGUUUUCUUUUUUGUUUUUGA